ACUCUCGUAGUUUCGACGCUAGCUCCAUUGAGAAAAACAAAAAGACCUAUAUAAAGAUAAAACUAAAAUUAAUUGCAUCACCUUUUUUCAGAUAAGAAAAAAAUCGAAGCUGUCUUCAGUUGUUUCUAGGGUUUCAUUCAUUCAUCGUUUUCAAAUUAGCAAAACCUAAGAAGCAAUCAUGCCGAAGAAUAAGGGCAAGGGAGGAAAGAACAGGAAGAGAGGAAAGAACGAAGCAGAUGAUGAGAAGAGAGAGCUAGUAUUCAAGGAAGAUGGACAGGAAUAUGCACAAGUACUACGUAUGUUAGGUAAUGGAAGAUGUGAAGCUAUGUGUAUUGAUGGUACUAAACGUCUUUGUCAUAUACGUGGUAAGAUGCAUAAGAAGGUUUGGAUCGCUGCUGGUGAUAUCAUCCUUGUUGGUCUCCGUGAUUAUCAGGAUGAUAAGGCUGAUGUAAUUCUGAAGUAUAUGCCAGAUGAGGCAAGGUUGUUGAAGGCUUAUGGAGAGUUGCCAGAGAACACUAGGCUCAAUGAGGGUAUUGCUAAUAUGGAUGAAGAAGAUGAUAAUCCUGCUGAUGAUUACAUUGAGUUUGAAGACGACAUCGACAAGAUCUAAAUUUCCUGGUCUUAUAGUGCUGUGACGGGGGUUCUGAUGGCCUCGCUAAAUAUUUCGUUGGAGUUUGAGUUAAAUACCAAAAACAAAAAAGAAAAGAGUACUUUAUAUCUACCGUUUGAAGUAAUAUGAUUGUCCUUUGUGCACUAGUAUUUCUGUAUGAAGAUUUAUGCUUUUAUAAUACAAUUGCAAUAACCUGUUCUCUAUUUUA